CUAAGCCAUUGAAUAAUCUUUAUAUAAUUGCAGAUUGUUUAUUUUCUGUCGCCACCAAACUCUUUCCUAAAAUUGUAUUUUUCUUGGACCCAAACUAUCUUAUCGUUCAAACUGGCACUGAAGACGAUAUUGUAAUGGAAGGACAACCUGAAAUAAUUCUCCAGUGCCACAAGGAAAGCAGGAUUAUUUGGUUUCCAGAUUUGAUUGACAGCUCUAUGCGGUCAUCUGUAUUGUCGAUUGAUAAAUCCAAAGAAAUAGAUAAUAGAUAUUCUCCUUUAAAUGAUAACCUGUUUCUUGAAAGAUUUGUUAUUCGAGAUUCAAAAGGUUUUUUAACACAUUUGGAACGCGAGUUACGCCCGAUACCAAAAUUUUAUGCAUUAAUGACACCAAUAAAUAUAAGUGAUGGAACUGUUAUCACUAAAGAUGCCAACACAAUUAUUGAUAUAGAAACAAGCAAUUCUUUUAUGCAAGACGAAGAAGUUAAGAAACCUACGGAAAAUCAUGAACCAACUCGUAGGACGACAAGGAAGAAAACAGUAUCGAACGGAGAAACUAAGACAAGAAAAAGAAUAAAGACAAAUUCUAAUGUUGAAGACGAAAUAACCACGCCGAUUUUGGGAUAUGAAAAUAAAAGCAAUAAAAAACACGGUGUUGACAUCAUGGAAACUGGAACAAGGAGUCGAACAAGAGCCGUAUCAACUAAAAAGCAGACUACAACCACUAACAAGAAGGUCACGCAAAAAGUCGUUUGUGAUCUUACCUCUUCAUUAUUUACUUCAAAUUUGUCAUCUUUGUCAUCAAGUUGCGAAUCUCUUUGUGAGGACCUUAACUCUCUUGACCCUGAGUCUCUUAUGGGCACUUCUUCCAAAGAAUCUUCUACGUCAUUGCCUCCGACACCGAUUAAAGCAGGUAGCUUGAGUAUGAUAUUAAAUUUUGAUAAUAUUUCACUUAAGCCGGCGCAAGCGGCUUCAAUGCCUAUUUCUUUGCCUUAA